AUGACGCGCGGAUGUUUACGACUCAGCGCACUGGAAUAAACGUCGAAGUUUGCGAAGGACGCGGGCGAAUGGCUGUUACUUGAUGCAUUAUCCCGGCAGAAGCUUGGUGUUAUACGUGGUUCAGCCCAUCGUCUGGAAAGCCACUGUAUCUACAUAGAGGCGUGGUGCAUCGUGACGCAUAGACUCGUCGAGAUGCUGCAGCUGUUGGCAGCCCUGGUGGCCGCUUGCGCCGCGGUGGCGCUGUACGCCUACUACUGCUGGAGCUAUUGGCCGCGACGGGGAAUCCCGUAUAUCCCGGGGGCCCCCUUCCCAUUUGGACACGCGUGGCGCGCCAUGCUGUUCCAGCGCUACAUCGGCGACAUCUGCUGCGAUCUCUACAGUGCGGUGCCGCCCUCCGAACCGAUGGUUGGAAUCUACAUGUUUACCAAGCCUGGAAUCGUCGUCAAGGACCCAGAGCUCAUCAAGAGCAUGCUCGUCAAGGACUUCCAGCACUUCCACGAUCGCGGCCUUUACGUCAACGAAGAUGUCGACCCACUCACUGGACACUUGGUCUUUAUGGCUGGUGAAAGAUGGCGUUUGCUAAGAAACAGGCUGACACCUACGUUCACAUCAGGGAAGAUGAAGAUGAUGUUUCCGACGCUGGAGAAGUGCGCGCGCGAGCUGGUGGAGGUGAUGGGCGCUGGCUCCAGAGACGUGGAGUUCUUCGACCUGCUGGCUCGCUACGGCACUGACGUCAUCGCUUCCUGCGCCUUCGGUCUCGAGACGCACAGCCUGCAGAACCCCGACCAGGAGUUCCGCAAGUGGGCACGCCGACUCUUCGUCCCCACGCCCGCCCGGGGCCUCAUCGGUACCUUCUGCAACAUAUUCCCCUCUAUUGCCAACACCUUUCGGAUCCGUACAAUAUCUCCCGACGUGGAUGAGUACUUCACCACUUUGGUGAAGGACGCCAUCGAAUACCGAGACUCCCACGGAGUGUCGAGAGCAGACUUCCUGCAGUUGCUCAUGAACUUGCGGGACGACCAGAACGCCGACAAAACACCGGGAUCAAAGGACAUAAAGCUGACCCUUGGACAGCUGACCGCGCAGUGUGCGGUGUUUUUGCUGGCGGGAUUCGAAACGUCGUCGACCACCAUGAGCUUCGCGUUACAUGAACUGGCGUUCCAUCAAGGCGUCCAGAAGAAACUGCAACAGGAAGUCGACGAGGCACUGCAAAAAUCUGGCGGCCAGCUUACAUACGACAACGUCAUGAACAUGCCUUACCUCGACAAAGUUGUUUCAGAAACUCUUCGCAAGUAUCCGCCUCUGCCGAUGCUGAACCGAGUUGUGACGCAGGAGUACACCGUGCCAGACAGGCCGUGGGUGCUGGAGAAGGGCACCAUGGUCCUGAUACCAGUGAUGGCCGUUCACUACGACCCACAGCACUAUCCUGAUCCCCAGCGAUUCGACCCGGAACGCUUCUCAGAAGAGGAGAAGAGCAAGAGGCACCCUUUUGCGUAUCUGCCUUUCGGCGACGGACCACGGGUUUGCAUUGGUAUGCGGUUUGGCCUCAUGCAGACGAAAAUGGGACUAGCCAGUUUGCUCAGUCACUACACUGUCGAACCCUGUGAUCGUACCGUUCAGAAGUUGGAGUGGACUAAACGUUCUCUCCUUCUGAAUCCUGUCUCAGGAAUUUGGCUUCGCUACACUUCUAGAAAAAAAUAAAUGUAAAAAUAAUUACAUACAUAAUUCAAUGUUUGCAAAUGCACAGAAAAAUAUUUCUUUACAAAAUAUUUAUUUUAUUGCAUCUGAAGACUGCUUUUUUAAAUGUGCUGUUGCUUUUUGUGUUAUAAGCAAUUUUUUCUCAUUUCGUGUUUUAAAACCCUAUAAAUCUCCACAAAGGACAUAUUAUAUAUAUAUAUAUAUUAUACAGAGAAUAAUCAAUGUAUGUCAUAAAUAUGACUGUAAUUGGUGCUAUUUUAUAUAUGAGGAGAGCGAUAACUUAUUUUACAAGAAACAGUUGGUGGAAUGUUUUCUUAUAUAUGUGAGUAUUGUGUUGUGGCUGUGUAACAUUCAGAAUCACUAAUGAACGCUGUUAGUUCUCGUCAUGACAUUUUAGGUUGCAUUACUUCUUAUUGGUGAUCAGUGAACCGUUUUUAAAUUUUUGUUUUGCCUUUCCUUCUGUUUGGAUGUAUUCUCACUACAUGGCCGUAUUAUAUUUUUCAUAAUAUGUUGUCACCUAGUAGAUAAUAUAUUUCAUUUAAGAUUUUGGUACCUGUGAGCUUUGUAUAUUUUUUGUUCGUGCUUGUGUCUGGAUAUAUUCGCAAUAAAUGUCAGCAUUACAUUUAGACACCAAAUGUUGUUAAUACAUAUGUGAUAUUUUUCAGUAAUACAUUUUGUAACUCUCAGCUUUGCAUUAUUUCUGUAAUAAACAUAUUUUUAUAUUCGUCUAUAGAA